AUGAGUAACGUCGCUCAGGCUCCUCCCUUCCCGAACGACGUACCGACCCAUCCUCUCUUUGUCAUCGACUAUGCCUUGAUUCAGGGAGGCGAUGAGAUAGAGCGAGAUAGGCUGUGGCAAGCUGCUACGCAGCUUGGAUUCUGGUACUUAAAGGAACACGGUGCCGAGGCGGAGGUGGAGGCCAUGUUCAAUAUGGGAAAGGCUUUCAUGGAAUUGCCCCUCGAGGAGAAGAUGGCAUACGAGGAAGGCGAUGACGGCGAGCAGUUCGGAUACAAAGCGGCAGGGUUCCACACCGCAGACGAGCACGGCACACUUGACGAGACCGAGUUCCUCGACGUCGCGAAGGACGAUGUUCUUGCCUUUCCCGCGCCCGUGCACCGCACCUACCCACCCCUCGUCGCCGAUGCAAUCCCGACCGUCCUCCGCCCAUUCAUGCGCAAGUCCCUCGCUAUCAACCACACGCUGCUCGGCGUGCUGAACGACAAGCUUGGGCUGAAGGAGGGCACGCUGGCGGAUCUGCAUCGCACGAAGGAAAAGAGUGGGUGCGUCGCUAGGGUCAUACGGACGCCGCCGCAGAACGGGAAGGACAAGGAGGCUUUGGAACGGCAGGCAUUGUUGGGCGCGCACACUGACUUCGGGUCCUUGUCGUUCCUCCAUAAUCGUGUCGGCGGUCUGCAGGUCCUCGCGCCUGGGACGGAAGACUGGAUGUACAUCCGGCCCAUCCCCGGCCACGCGAUCUGCAACGUCGGCGACUCGCUGAACAUCUUCAGUGGCGGGCUCAUCCGCUCGAAUAUGCACCGCGUCGUCUCCCCUCCGCGCGCCCAAGCGAUGUUCGAACGCUACUCCCUGGCGUUCUUCACGCGUCCGCACGACUCGGUCGUCCUCCGGCCUCUCGUCCCGAUGGCAUCCACCCCGGACGGCGCGGAGACAAUACAGGAGGACAAGGGCACCGCGGGCGAGUGGCUCGUUCGCCGGCUUAAGUACCUCCGGACGGGGAACUACAACCCGCUGACGAAGUUGUCUUGUAAGGGCGUGGAGAGCUACACGGCGCACCUUGGGACGGAGGAUUAUGGUAAGAUCACCCAGGUGGCGGCUCCUGACGCUGCUGUGGGUGCGUGA